AUGCACGAACAUGAGCUGGCUGUACGAUGGGGUGGCGCAUUAUCGCAAGUGGCUGCCCACACCUGCGAGACCGGUCAUGAGAUUAACUUCGCUGCUGCGGGGAUAAUCGCCUACACCGGCAACAAGGCAGGCCGAGAAUUGAUUGAAGUCUGGGCCUCGGAUGAGAACUCAGUCAAUCGAUUUAUCGAUUUGGCGCCGGCCCUACGCAGACACGGCACUGGUGGUUGA